AUGGAAGACGAAGUAUUACCUCCAUCUCCAUCAUCUGCUCCUUUUGAUGAAGAUGUACCAAUGACAACAUCAAAUGAACAAGUCUUCGGCAUGACGAGUAGUAGUAGUAGUGGUUUUACUACUUUGAAUAACCUCUAUGCAUCAUCAUCAUUACCUUCUUUGUUUAAUUCCCAACAAUUUUCAAAUGUUCCAUCAUCUUCAGUGUUUGGUGAUCAUGUCUUGCCAGGAUCCUCUUCAUUAUCCUCUUCUACGCUCAUGAAUCCUGCAACAACAAGUAUGCAACAAGAACAACCCUCUUCUUUCAAUGGUGUUACCUCUGGUUUGAUUCCACCAACAACAACAACACCUUUUGUCAAACGAGAGAUGACUACUGAUUCUACAAUGAAUGAUUCAAAAGCAAGCCAACCAGUACUCCAGAAAAGUGUGGAAAUGAGCAAGCCAAAUGAUCAUUCAAGUAGUAGUGGUAGUAGUAGUGGUAGUAGUACUCAUGUGAAUAAUGUAUCUGUCAAAUUUAAUUUACCCUCAUUGGCAACAACACCCAAUGAGAGUACUCAUCCUACAUCAACAGGUAUAACGAGUCAUGCAACGAGUGCUAAUUCUGCUCAACCUUUUUCUCAACCUUCUUCGCUGGAUGGAUCUAAAAAGAAAAAAAAGAAAAAAGAAAAGAGUUCAACAGGUGAACCUCGCUUUCCAUUCAAAGUCUUGUAUCAAAAAUUAGUACUCGAUGUAGAUUUAUAUCAACAAGCAUUAGUAGGAUAUACGGAUAUUAGAUUUACACCUCUUCAUAACAAUAUUACACAAAUAUCAUUACAUUGUUUACAAGUGAAUGUUACGGGUGUUCAUGCCAUUUCUGUGAACAAACAAAAACCAUCUGUGAAUAGUGUAUCAUUGGCAACAAGUGUUGGUACCAAUCCAUCACUCGCAUCAACAGUUGGACAAUCACACUCUCAAGAAUUCUCUCAAGAAUCAUUCAUUGAUCAAGUUUCUGUUUCACAAAUUGAAACUCAUCCUACUAAAAAUUUAGAUCAAAUACUCAGAGAAUUUGCAUUACAAUAUGAACUUGAAAAUGAAGGUACUCUUACUAUUAAAUUUAAAGUACCUUUAUUGAAAAAGACAACAACCACUAUUAGAGUCUAUUUUGAUUUAAAGAAUCCAACGAGUGGAGUGUAUUUUGUAAAAUCAACAAGUCAUGUCACGACUCUAAGAGAUGAAUUGAAUCAUUCCAUGAUGAUGGAUGAAAGAGAGAAUCAAGAAUUUGAUGAAAAUGGAAAGACAAGUUCCAAAUUAUCAUCCUUUUCGUAUCCUCACAUGUACACUCAAAGUCAACUCUCAGGUGCUCGUUCUUGGUUUCCAUGUGUAGAUUUAUUAUCAUCCUAUCAUCAUUUUGAUUUUGAAAUUACUUCACAUGCAGAUUGUAUGAUCAUUUGUUCAGGUGAAUUGAUUCGUCAGGUUGAGAAUUAUUCUGGAACAUUGAAAACAUCCUAUUUCAAAACUCAUUCUAUUAUUUCUCCAUCAAGUGUUUGUGUAGCAGUUGGACCGUUUAACAUUUCCUAUUCUACAUUGACAUUGAAUAGUAAUACAACAACUACUACUACUAGUAGUAUCAAUAGUAGUGAUGGUAUGAUGACUGGUACGAUGACUGGAAUAGCAGGAGGACAACCACUCUAUGGAUCUUCUAACAACAAUGGAUCAAGACCUUCUUCCUAUGAAUUAACAUUGAAUGCAUUCUAUUUACCAAAUUAUUCAUUAGAAUCGAUACGACACACAUUGGGAUUUAUCAAACGAGCAUUUCUAUUUUUAGAAGAGUAUUUAGAUUUCAAAUUUAGAGAUUUAUUCAAUUCUACAACCUUUAAUGUUGUAUUUAUUGAGAAUGCAUAUACUGAACAUUCAUCCUUUGCAUGCAUGUGUUUGGUAGAUGCAAAUCGAAUGAUUUUAGAACCAAACAUUAUUGAUCAAGUUCAAGAAAAUCGAAUCAAAUUUACAAAAUUAGUAGCUGAACAAUUCUUUGGUAAUUUUAUUCAUCCAAAAUCAUUCUCAGAUUAUUGGCUCAUUGAUGGCAUUGCAGGAUAUUUAUCAUGGCAAUUCUAUGAAAAUGAAUUUGGUCAAAAUGCUAAACGAUUUAAAAUGAUGCAAUCAGGAAAGGAAUUACUAGAAAUGGAAAAACAUACCAUCUCCUUGUACAAUGAAAGUGUGGGUGCCAUUCCACAACAUGCUCAACAUGUUCAUGAUUACAUCUCAAAGAAGGCUCCUCUUGUCAUGUACAUGAUUGAUCGACAAGUAUCAACUUCUCAUAUGAGAGAAUUAUUGAACAAGAUGUUAAUUAGUGCUCAUUUAGAUCAACAUUCCAAACGUUUCAGUGAUCGUUUACUUUCAACCAAUUCGUUUUUAAAGACUUGUGAAAAGAAAUAUGCUGUAGAUUUGAAAUCAUUUGCAUCUUAUUGGAUUUAUGGUACUGGUGUUCCACAAUUUGCAAUUUCAUUCAAAUAUGAUGAUAUGAGAAGUUGUGUCGAUUUGAAAGUGAAACAAAUAUUACCAUAUCCGGAAUGUCCACCUUUUAAAGGAAAAGUAACAUUUAGAAUUUUAGAAAGUGAAGGUGCACCGAAUGAUUUUCUCGUCGAUUUAGAUCGUGAAGAAAAUCAAUUUGAAUUUCAUAUCAACUCUAAACCUGUCAAGAAACAUCAUCGAAAAAUUACAGGAGGUACAGCAUCUGAAGCAGUUCGUAUCAAAAUUCCACUCAAAUGGAUUCGAUUUGAUCCUGAACAAGAUUGGAUCAAAGUAUUAUCAUUUUCACAGACACAAGAAAUGUGGAUUCAUCAAUUGAAUGAUGUCAAGGAUGUCGUGGCUCAAUACGAAGCGAUUAAGGCUCUCACGUUCUUUUCCGAUACAGAACCAGUCAUUGAUAUUUUGAGAAGUAUUAUACGAGAUUCUUCGUAUUUUUAUCAAAUUCGUGUGUGUGCGGUGCAUGCACUCUCGAAAAUACCUCAACCCAUUGAGAAGAAGAUGGCACUCGAUGUUCUCAUUGAAUAUUUUAAGAAUCAAUUUUAUGCUACGAGUGGAGCGAGUGGAGCGAGUGGUGCGGGUACAAGUGGUGGUGCUGGUGUGGGUAUGAGUGGUGGUGUUGGCGUUGGUGCUGGUGCUACGAGUGGUGGUACAAGUGGUGGUGGAGAUGUAAGUGGUGCUACGAGUGCCAAUGGUCCGAUGAUGAUGAUGAUGACGACUCUGGGAGAUUUGACAUUGACUCUGCCCAAUCAUGCAAAUACAGCCUCAACCACCACCUCAACAAAUACCUCAACAACCACCACCAUGGCCUCCUCAACAACUCCUCAUGGUGGUCUUGGUAGCACAACAACUACCAGUGGUGGUAGUACAUUGAAUCAUCCUACCCAUCCCAAUCCCAACAACAACAACACUACACUCCCAUCCUUUUUAAAACCAAAUAAUUUUAGAAAUUUUGCAGAAUAUUUCAUGAAAAAAGAAAUUCCAUUAGCUCUCACCAAUUUCAAAGAUGAGAAGGUGAAUAAUGAAACAUUUCCUGAAGUCAUUCUAUUAUUAUUAGAUUUAAUCAAGUACAAUGAUGAUUCUGAAAAUCCCUUCUCUGGAUCAUUCUAUCUUGCUAGUUUAAUUAAGGCUUUGAGUUUAGUGAAUACCAGUAAUCAGAAAUUUAAAGAAAAGAUUGAAAAGAUAUUUUACAAAUAUUUAGUCAUUGAUUCUGAUUUGAUUCCAAGUUAUCAUUAUAUCAAGACUGUAUCAUCAUUGCAAGCACUCUCUGUGUUACAAUCAAGUGGUAAAUCAGAUGUUCAAUUGGAUUUAUUUUAUAGAUAUCUCAAUUUUAGAGAAUCUGAACAAGUGAGAUUUGCAGCAUGGGAAUGUUUAUUGAAUAUUCUAGAUUCAGUGAGUAUGGGCGUGAGUGUGAUGAAUAUGAGUGAUUGGAGUGGUGGUGGUGGUGGUGGUUCUACUACUAUGAAUCAUUCUUCUAUGAAUGGUCAUAGUUGCGAAGAGUUUUCUCUAUCGACUUGUGCAAAGAGAGUGUGA